AUGGAAAAUUCCGAGAAAUCUGAAAAUUCCGAGAAUUCUGAAAAUUCCAAGAAAUCUGAAAAUUCCGAUAAUUCUGAAAAUUUCGAGAAUCCUGGAUCUUCCCUACCGAAACUUGGUGCGUGGCCAGCUUCGGAUGAAUUUAACUCUAUUUGGGAACAUACGUUAGUGGUGGAGCAACAAGCACAAGAGAAGGAAAGCGAGUCAUCCGAAGACGAAGAAAUGCCAUCACAAGAGAGAAAUGUUUGGCCGGCAUUAUUUGGAGAUACCACUUCUAUUUGGAAAGCGGUUAAAAAGAAAGAAAGCAAUGAAGAAAAAGUAAGUACAACAAAAUUAACUUUAUAUACACCCUGUCUAUAAACGUAGUAUGAAUAUUUUCGAAGUUCCUAAUCAGUCUCGAUUAAUAAUAACCAUACUAUGACCGCAUUAGGUGGUACAAGAGGGUCGUCCCUUUUGUUCCACCCCACUACUCACCCCUUGCUCACCGAUACGUUGUGUAUUUCAGGAACAGCCGAUGUGCAGCUUAUUUCGAGAAACGGAACGAAAACAUUUCUCUAAGCGCAGGCAAGUUUCACCUAUUAAUUCUUAGAACUUUUCAUAAUUCAGAUGAUUUUGCGACCCAAGAUCUUAGAAAUUUCUCUUACACAGUUAUUAACAAUUCCCAUAAGGGUGUUUUUUCUUAAUCCUUCUCAAAUUUUUAAAAAUUUCUCGUAAUUCAUAAAACUUUCACAAUUCUCAGAAAUUUUUCAUAUUUCGUAGAAACUUGAAAAUUCUAAGAAAAACGUUUUCAUUUUCAGAAUUCUGGCAGGUCUUAGUCCAACAGAGGUAAAAGCAAGCACGGAUAUAUUCGAAGGAGAUGACGAUGAUGAUAUUUUUGCCUGA